AUGUAUUUUUUAAGUAUAUUGGCGUUAUUCAGCUGUAUCUUGGUGGUUGUUAAAGGAGAAGCAAGUUUUGAUGAACUAGUUUCAACCCAAAUUACCAGAACCUUUUACUUGACAAAAAGAGUUGCCAAGGUAACUAUGGAAGUGAAAAUUAAAAGCAUUAAAGGUGAAAUUCAUGGGUUUGAAUAUAUUUUUAAUCUCCCAGAAGAGCAGUUUUCAAGAGUUGGAUUCAUUUCAGCUGGAACUUCCUCUAUUAAUGCUAAUAACUUUAAGGUUGAAAGAAUUGAACCAGAAAAAGGGUUUAAGAUUGGAAUAGGAGAUCUCACAGACUUUGAAAGGACUAUAUUUAUAGAAUAUCACAUUGGAAAUCCUUACUCAGCCUUGCCGAAGGCUAUUCGACUUGGAGAAAACCAACUUUUAGUGUUUGAAGAUGAGCUUAAGCUUAGGAACAAAUAUAAAGUUACCAAGGAGAAGUUAAUAAUUCAGUUUUUGGCAGGAACUAUUAUAGAGAGGAUAAUUCCGACAUAUAUGAAGCGACAGGAAAACAAAGUGGUUCAUUUGGUCAGCCAAGAUAAGGAAAAUGAAAAGUUUUUGGUACAUUUUUCACUUAACAAUCAUCUAGUUUACUUUUAUUCAGUCUCCCGAAUCAUUGAGAUUUCACACUGGGGCAAUGUAAAAGUUAAAGAGGAAUACUCAGGAGUGAAUAUGGCUGCUCAAAACAAAGGAGAGUUCCAUAGAAAGGAAAUAAUGAUUCUUUCAGGACAAGGGUUUGCCAGGAUGAGAAAUCCAGGGACAGUUUUACCUCAAAAUACCCACUUAUGUUUAUUCGUGGAUCAUAUUCUUCCAUAUAGAGCAGUUGGAUUGGAGUACUAUGACCAGAUAGGAAAUAUUUCGUACUCAAAUGCUUGGAGAGUUGGAAACUCACACACAAUGCUCCAAAUCCAACCUAGAUCCCCUUUAAUGGGUGGGUGGGAGUUCGACUACACCGUGGAAUACAAUCUUCCUCUAGAAAACGUGGUAUUCUAUGAUCAAAAUCUCAAGCUAUACAUGCUUAACCUUACAAUGAUGCCUUCUGCAAAAGGAAUCUAUUCAGAAAAUGUCAACACACAAAUCAGGUUUCCAACAGGCUCUUCCGACAUUUCUAUAGAUUUCCCAGCGAACAACAACAUCCCAUCUCUUGUCAAAAGCGAUAAGCUAGACCAUUAUUUUGGCUGGCUCGACAUUUUUAAGCCUAGGCCAGUACUAGUAUAUAACAUGAGUUCCUAUUAUAUUCCAGAACAACUUCUACUUAACUACAAAUUCCAGGCAUAUUACAGAAUCAAGCGGAUAUUGGGAGGUGCUGGAGGUAGCAGUGAAGAUUUUUACAUGAUUAGACAGAUAAAUGUGAGAGAUUGGAGUGAUAUAUAG